AUGUUUGCGGUACCAGGUUGGUCCGUGUCUGCGGACGGUCUCAAAUCCGAGACUACCAUAGUGGCUCCAAAAGCGGCUCAAGAUGAAUCUCAGCAGUCAAACAAGCGCAAGAGGCCUUCAUCUACGCCAGGGAAUGUCAACUCGUCUAAUGUUGCGGAUCUCUGGGAACGGGUUAUCGAGGGAAGGUCGGGGAAGAAGCCCAAGCCUGAUAAUGACCAUAGUGAUGAAACCCCAGAAGGCAAACCCAGAUAUGGCAAGAAGAUGACUCUAAAAGAGAAGAAGAAGUUGAAGAAGUUAAGGGAGAAGGAAGCGAGCCAAAAUGGCGUGGAAGGCACUGAACCGGCUACUGGAAAUGAGAUCAAGCUAACCUUAGAGUCACCUGAUGCAACAUUAGGCAAGGAGGCAAAGAAGGACAAGAAAAGGAAAUCUAAAGACGAAAAGGAAAACGGCGAUAGCAAAAAGCCCAAUGAAAAAGACAGCAGCAAAGUUUCUGCUCCCGCCCCCGCAGCAGCAGCAGCACCGAAACUAACGCCCAUGCAAGCCGCAAUGAGGGAAAAGCUCGUGUCCGCGCGGUUCCGCCACCUCAACGAAACGCUAUACACCAAGCCCUCAGCCGACGCGUUCCAGCUGUUCGCAGACUCGCCCGAGAUGUUCCAGGAGUACCACGAGGGGUUCCGGCGCCAGGUCGACGUCUGGCCCGAGAACCCCGUCGAAGGGUACAUCAAGGACAUCAAGCUGCGGGGGAGACAGAAGCCUCCCCAGCGCUCCAGGAACGGCCACUCUGCUCCCCCCGUGCCUAGCUCCUCCGGCGUGGCGGCCCUGCCGCGCACCAGCAACGUGUGCACGAUUGCGGAUCUCGGCUGCGGAGACGCUAAGCUCGCCGAGGCUCUGCAGUCCGAGAAGAAGAAGCUGCGACUUGAGAUCCUUAGCUACGACCUGCAGAGCCCGAGCCCGCUGGUCACACGCGCUGAUAUUGCGAACUUGCCGCUUGCCGAUGGUGCUGCCGAUGUCGUUAUCUUCUGCCUCGCGCUUAUGGGCACUAAUUGGCUUGACUUCGUCGAGGAAGCCUAUCGCAUUCUUCACUGGAAAGGCGAACUAUGGGUCGCGGAAAUCAAGAGUCGGUUCGGGUUCGUGGGUAAGGGCAAGGGUAAGAGCGGAGCCCCAGUUACCCAUAGUGUAGGGAAUAGGAGAAAGAUCCAGGGGAAGAAGGGAAAGGGACGGGAUGGGGAGGGGCCUGAGGGAGAAGAGGAUGAGAAGGCGCUGGCUGUCGAGGUGGAUGGUGCGGAUGAUAAGCGUGAAGAAACCGACGUUUCUGCGUUCGUCGAGGCACUACGGAAGAGGGGUUUCGUUCUGCAGGGUGCAGCCGACUUAAGGAAUAAGAUGUUCGUCAAGAUGCACUUCAUUAAGGCAGCAUCGCCGACCGUUGGCAAGGGCGCUGUUACUUCUAAGGAACCUACACGCGGCUCUGGGCCCAAAAAGAGCGGCGUCAAGUUCAUUGACACGGAAGGAGACCAAGCUACAGUGGAUGAGAGCUCUAUUUUAAAACCCUGCGUCUAUAAGCUGCGGUAA